UCGUCUUUCAAAAGUGAAUUUUUAAAAAAUUUGUUGUUCAUUUCAAAUUUUUAGGAAACAAAUCUCAAAUUCAAUUCGUCUGUUAUUAUUAAAAUUUGCUUUUCCAUGGACCAUAUGGAGUCUAAAAGUCAAAAUUUUGAAUUUUCACAAGAUUUGAAUCUUAAAUCGGAUAGAUCAUCCAAUUGUUUUGUAAUUACCAGUAGAUCGGCAGGAGAUUAUUCUUUGCGUUUUAAUAAUGAGCGUAUGGCCAGCACCUAUCAUUUGCCAAAAAACACUGGCAACAAACCUUUAGCCUGCACUGCUGAUGAACAUUUCGAAGUUCCGUCUUCAGAAUUUUACAAUGACGGACUGAGGAGUGGGGAAGUACCAGCCAAAACUUCCAUGGCGCCAGUUUUAAAUGGACUUCUUGGAGAAAGUGAUGAGGAUGAGGAAGAAGAUAUUUCCAUUUCACAAGACAUCAGCUUGAACAAAAGACGCCGAAUGAGUUGUAAAUUACGUUCGGAACUUGUAAAGUACAAAGAGGAAUUGAGGCAUUACAAGGAUACCACCGAGGAAUUGGAAAAUAAAUACAAGAAAAUCAAUCAUGACUUGUGUGAAAUGCAAGAGAAACACAAUCGCUUUAUGAAGCAGCACCAUGAGGAGAGUAGUGCCAGCUUUGUUGAAGAUGGUGAUACCUAUUCUGAGAAUACCACAGAUUCUGAUAUUUCUCUGCAGAGGAAAUCGACACAGAUCUUCCAUCGUGGUAGUAGUUUUAUGCAAGUUGUGCCAAAGGAACGAUAUCUGAGACCAUGUGGGAAUUUUGAGGAGAAUUCGGGGAAUUACAAAAAGUCUGAUUUGAGAUCUCAAAGAGAAAAUAAGGAAAAUCGGGGAGUAAUAAAUUACCUUGGCAGGAAAAGUGGUGAAGACAGUUCUGCCAUAUCGUCAAGAAACACAAACUACUUGACACCCCCAUCCCACAUGACUGUGGCUCCUGUUGAACUGCUUCAAAACACCAUUGAUACAUUGCAAACCGAACAACAACAAUUUCGUUCCAUAAUUGAACAACAACAAAAUUGCCUUCAAGACUAUCACAGCCGAUGCCUGCGAGCCCAGCGCGUCAUGAAAACUCAACAAAUUCAAAUUGAAAAACUCAAUACCAAUAAUCGCCAUUUGGAGGCGGAAAUUUCCCGUGGCUUUGAACAUUUGCGAAAUAAAAUCGAAAGUAAGCUACGAGAGCUCUCCCAGCUACCGCAACUGAUGAAAGAGGAGAAGACUAAGAGUGAAAGAAUAUCCCGUGACAAUAGUUUGCUCAAUGAACGCAUACGUUCCAUACAAAUCGAAGCCAGCCAAAUGAAGAAGAAAAUCGAAGAUAUCUCCAAACGGAAACUGGCAACAAUGACUCGCCUCAAGGCGGCCGAAAGAGAUUUGAAAAUAUUUCGCAACUACAACAGUGCCCUGAAACAUGAAAAACGUAAACUGAAUGAGGAAUUACUAAAAUUACGCGAUCAAAUGCAAAUUCUGGAAAAUUCCAAUAAACGUUCCAUUACCCGACAACGAGAACAGAGUGAAAAACAGAAACGUGAUCUCCAACGACGCAUCUAUGAGCUGGAAUUGAAAUUGAAUCGCAGUCAAACUUCGGCCAGCAGUUUGGUCAAGGAACGUGAUGCCCUCAUAGCGGAGCUACAAACUCAGCUGAAUAAUUUGGUACACAAUUUUGAGGUAUCCCAAAAGCACAUACGUAUUCUCAGGCGUCAUAUAUACAAUAUGACCGGUAGCAAUUCCCGGGAUGCAGUGGCCAGGAAUCGAAUACUCGAGGAGACUUCUUGAAUUAAUGUAAAAUUGAUGUGAGGAGACUGAUUUUUAUUAAAUAUUAUUUUUGUAAAAUAUCUAUUUUCCUUUGGUAUAUAAAUGUUGGGAAGAUUUAUAGGUUAGAAAAUAAUGUUUAAUAAAAAUUCACUCAAGUUUUUUUUAACAUAAGGCCAAUAUUUUAAAAUAAAAAUUUUCUUACCCUACCAGAA